ACCGCUAGGAAAUUACGUUUAGUAAAGUUUUAUGUUUAUUUAGAAACAUUUCUAAGCAUUAUUGACAUGACCUUACUGCUAUUUAAACUGUGUAAUAGGAUAAUCAGUUCACAACCGCUUACUUUAGCGUAGUUGGCUAACGAUGCUAAAUUGUAAACAGUCCUAAUUCAGAGGCUUAUUCUCUUUUAGAGAAAGAUGUCCCUGAACUCCAUCCACACGCAGCUGAGCUCCCUGAAGACCUGUCAGGCUGACAUCAGCACCGGGAUGGACAUCGUAUCCGACGUGGCUCUGGACCUGGUCGAAGCCCAAGCUACUGAUGACAGUCCAGGUCUGAGGAAACUGGAGCAGAUGAUUCUGGAAUGUGCGAAACUGGAUAAAGAGAUCAGCUGCUUUGUGGACUCAGUCGAGCAGAUGAUCACUCAUGUGAGAGAUGAGCCUCCAGACGCCAUGUUCAAGCUGAAAGACUCUGUAAAGGAGCGAUUCACUGACCUCAUGGCUGCAGUCUCUGAUGCUGAAAUCGAACAACACUGUAAAGUGGUAGCCUUCAGAGACAGCAUCAAGAAAUCUCUGCAACAAGUAAACCAGUUGGCAAGUGGCAGUGUGGAGGAGGAGCUGGAUGAAGACAUUGCUGUAACACAGAGCCAGACGAACUUCACAUGCCCUCUUACCCAGGUUGAAAUGGUCAAUCCAGUGAAAAAUAAGAAGUGCCAGCAUUACUAUGAUCAAGAAGCCAUUCUGUCCCUCAUUAAGACCAAGCAAAACAAUAAGAAGAAAUGUCGCUGUCCCGUGGUCGGCUGCGGAAAUACGGACGUCAAGCCACCGGAUCUGGAAUUAGACCCAGUUAUGAGGAGAAUGAUACAGAACCAUAAGAGACAGAGUGGAAAGAGCUGAGCUGGACUCACAUGGAUAGAAUAUAUCGUUUUGAUGGUUCACUCAUUGAACAAAUGCUAAAAUUGUAAAUUAAAUUCUUUUGGAUAAAAAAAACAUUUAUACAUAUGUCUUGUACAGCUUUUCUAAAAAUAAAACCUCUUCG